AUGCUACUCUCGCGGAGCAGGUUACGCUCCUUGAAACUUCUCCUCAUCGUCUUCGCCGUCGCCGUUCUCUUCACCAGUGUACCAUGGCUUCGCUCUCUCUUGCCAGGCAAACUUGGCGCGACACGUCCAAAAAAUACCCCAUACCGAUUCACCGUUCCCAAGCUCCCAUCUCGCAAAGAUGCCCGACCUCGAGUUGACCAAGCACCCACUAUACCUCCCAAGAAAGUCGUCGAACCACCUAAUCCGGUCGCCAACCGCCUUGGCCAACAUAAGUAUCGCCCGGAUGGGUUGGUUGAGGUCAAUGAGGAGGGUGUGCACCCGAUAUACGAGCUCAUUUCUCGUGCGGAGAAGGAGUGGCAGGGAAAGCUUGAUCGCGCGAGCAAAACUCUUGAUCAAGCAGUUGCAGAGUACCGCAGGAGGUAUUCGCGGGCACCACCCAAGGGAUUCGAGCUUUGGUGGGACUACGUGCAAAAACACAACGUACAACUUCCAGAUGAAUACGACCAAAUGCACAACGACUUGGAACCGUUCUGGGGCCUGGAGCCGCCCGACUUAUUCGAGAUCCAAAAGGAGCUUGAAAAGAAGAAGGAUUCGUAUACCCUGGGCAAGACAAAACAGAAUGAUCCAGUCAGCGUGCUCACCUACGCGUUUGACGAAGGCCGCUACGACCAGCUGAUUUAUGGCUCCGUCAACAUCGUCAAGCUGUUUCGAGAGAUCCAAGAUUUCCUUCCUCCCUUUCGGGCAACCUUUUCGCCGCAUGAUGGACCUAAUCGGUUAUCAGAUUAUGCCGUGAAAUUAGCCACACUCGAGGCUGCCCAUUCACAAUCUUACGUUGAACGUGCCGCACUCCCCAAGAUCAACUCGAUAGGCUGGAUCUCCGCCUGCGCACCCUCCUCCCCGGCCCGCCGAAGGCCCAUCGACCUAAACAAACCCCCACCUCCACCCUCCAAAAAGACGUUCAUCUACAACCACUUCCAAGCGAUGGACCCGUGCCUGCACCCGGACCACCUGCACCACCACGGGCAGUUCCUCUCCCACAACACGGGCCCUACACCCCAACAAUCCAUGGUCCCCGAGUUCUCCUCCUGCUCCACGACGAUCCACCACAACAUCCGGAUACCCACUCCGUACGGGUGGGUAGCGGACUCUGACGACCCAGCGUUCGACGAUAAAUUCGACGAGAGGCUUUUAUGGCGCGGGAGCAACACGGGGAUGUUCCACGCUACCAAAACCCGCUGGCGGAAUCAACAGCGCAUCCAUUUGGUGAGGUCUGCGAAUGAUUUGAAUGGGACGAUGAGGGUUAUCCCCCCCGACCGGAGUCGGACGGAGAAGAUUGGGGAGAUGAGGGAGGUGAGGAGGGCGAGAUUGAAUCCUGCUGUUAUGGAUGUUGCGUUUGCGGGGAACCCGAUUGCGUGUUCGAAGAGUGUUUGUCCGGUUUUGGAGGAGCUUUUUGAGUGGAGGGAUUAUCAGAGGGAGAAGGAGGCUGGGAGGUAUAAGUAUAUUAUUGAUGUCGAUGGGAAUGGCUGGUCAGGUCGGUUCAAACGCCUAAUGACGACCAAUGCGCUCGUAUUCAAGUCGACUAUUUAUCCCGAGUGGUACACCGACCGCGUAGCCCCAUGGGUACACUACAUCCCCAUCCAACUCGACCUCUCGGACCUACACGACGCCCUCCUCUUCUUCAGGGGCGAUGCGAAUGGGGACGGGGCACAUGAAGAUAUGGCACGGAAGAUUGCGGUUUCGGGACGGGAGUGGAGUAAGACGUUUUGGAGGAAGGAGGACUUGACGGCUUAUUUUUUCAGGUUGAUGUUGGAAUAUGCGCGUCUUAUGAGCCCUGAUAGGAAGGCUAUGUCUUAUAAAACUGCGAAAGAGGAAGGGAAGGCUUGAGCGAGAGGGUGCAUGGGGUUAAUUCUAUCUGGUUCAGUGGGUGCACUGUUUUUGAAGUGGGCGUGUGUGUUCUCUUUUUUUUUUUUUCGUGCUUAAUACCCUUGUGUCCUCAAAUUAAAAUACGUUGU